UUUUAGUUCAUAUUGUAUAAUGCAAUAAUCAAAAUAAUCAUGGAGUUGGAUGAUGGAUUUGGGUACCAAAUCCAAUCCAUCAUGGAUUUAAUAAAAAUCCAUUGUUAGGCUGACGAGACAAUGACAUGGCGUGUUGACUAACGGUCAACGGUGUUUACCAUCCAAAUUGACGGUCAAAACCAUGUGUCAGGCCAAUUGAGUCUAUAAGCUGCAUAGUUGAGGCCAGGAUGUUAAUUUCUGAAUACACGGGCCAAAGUUGAUUAUAUGGUCAUAGUUCGGGCUAAAAUAAGGUAUUAACCCAUUUUUUUAUGUAAUUUCUUGUGUUCUAGUUUCCUUUGACCUUUUCAUGGAACAUGUAGUUCUUUAUUCUUCCGAUUCAAAUAUAUGUUGUUAUAUGUUACGUUUGAUAAGGAGGACAAAAAAUUGAUAACCAAUUAUGUUAAUUUAAAAGUUAAUUGAAAUUUCCCUAUUUAUUAUUAUUGUCCUUGUGGCAAGAUUAUGCUUAUUAGUACGUAUUGUUCUUGUUUUGUGUACAUAUCAUAAACAAGUCAAACAUAUAGAAAAGGAUAGUAAGGUAAUUUUGAACUUACGUUCUAAAUCUCACAUCCUUAAAUCCAUGAUAAAACAUCUCAACAAACAAAGGAUGUUACAAAUCCAUAAUAUCUCAAAUCCUUGAUAAAUUCGUGAGUUUUUAAAUUACAAAACCUUCAUUUUCAAAUUCAUGAAACAAACUACCUAAAAAAAUAAAACAUACAUUGUUUUUACGUCCAAACAUUAUAUUCAAUAAAAUAAACACAACAUUGUUAAUCGCCAUCCCUAGUUGGGUUAGAACUUAAGAGGACUCUCCGUCCAACUCAAAAUUACUUUUGGGCUCAUGGUGCUUUUCUUGUGGCCCCGUUGAUUGCGCCCAUAAAACCAUCUAUCUUUCAUCGUGGUAGGCCAAAUGGACACUUGGAGCCCUUUUUAGUCCAGCAGAAAGCUAGGCUUCAAUGUCCAAACAAAAGCCCAUCAGUCCAGAACCCCAUAGCGGAGGCUCUUUACUUUUCGGUAGGAAAUUGUCAAAACACCUUUCUGACUUCUGUCUAAACUGGAGAGGAGAGUAGAGAUGGCGGCAAAGAGGAUGAGAAAUAGGAAUGCUGUCGCAGUUGUCAAUGCCAUUGCUAGUGUGUUUUUUCACGAUAUCAGUUUAGUUAUAUAUAUAGGCUUAGCCUGUUCACUGAGAAGUGACAUCAUUUUAGAUUAAUCAUUAAUGUACUUAACUUGAUCAUCACUGGAUAAAUACGUAAACUUCAUCCAUUUAACUAAUACAGAUUGGUGGAAAAAAACAACAACAAUCAUCAACAUAGCGUCGCGAUACAAUUUAACAUACUUAGAUUUUAAAAUUGAAGGGAUCUCCAUAACCCACUCCAGAAGGCUAGCCACCAACUUAUUGACCGAAAAUUUUAUUUGACACCUUACACAAAUGGAAGAAUAACAUAUCAACACAAUUUUCUAACUAAGGUACAUAAGACUUCGUUUGCAUUAUGGUGUAUCUAUAUCUAUAUAAGAUAUAUUAAAAGGGUUUCUAAAUACCCUCUUCAGAAUCUUUAUGUAAAGAAAGGAAAUUCUAUCAACAAAGAUGUUAAUUUUUUUUCGUUGAAUCACAAAGAUGUUAAUUAAUGUAUACAAUUUGAUGUUUUUCUCAGGGGGACUAAAUACUACUCAUUUCAAAGGUUAUGUAAAUACAAUAUUACUUUAUUUUGAAACUCAAAUUUUUUUAAUAAAUAAAAUCAAACAAUCAUUUAUAAAUUAGUUACUUAUUAAAUUAUGAAACUUGGUUUUAUAAAUUUCCCAACUAAGAAGACCCUUCCACAGCUUGCAGUUAUCCAAAAUUAAAAUAAACUACAUCGCAUUUUCAGUAAUAUUAUGAAAAUGUAAUCUAAUGAAAUACGUGCAAAUAAAUUUGUAGCUAUGCGAAAGGUCCUCGGUUCGAGUUUUUGCACGGGUGAGAUGUUGAUUGUUUCUAGGAUGACAACAAAUCGAAUUGGAGGACGAAUAGCGCAUAUCUCUAUUAUGCACAGAAACAUCUACCAUCUCAAACCAACAUUACAUCUACCAAACCUAUUAUGCACAGAAACUACUCUGUAAUCGACAUCCUGCCGAUUCAUCCAUCCAGGAGUUGAAAGAUGUUCAAAUAUGAAUCAAUUAUCACUUAUUAGCACACCUAUUUAAACAAAUGCAUACUUAUAAGGGCUUGAAAUUUCAAAAUACCUCUCGAUUAAAGAAGACUCUGAUACCAUUUCAAAACACAAUUUGUUCCAAUUAUGGAUUGUAUACCACUUAACGCAGAGAAUAAAACCAUGCAAAAAAAAAAAAAAAAUCCUCCCAACCUGGUGGUUCUCCUUGUAGUACUUGAGAGCUUUUACUGCAUUCCAGGCGGUAUGCUCUCUCCAUAACCGAGUAUAUUCUUCCGGAUCCAUCUCCCAAUCAGGAGAAGGCGUCCUACGUAAUACGUACAAUGUAGUUGUUUGGUUUAUUACACACAUGCCAACAUAAUAAUCAUGGAAGAAACCCUGAUUCUGAUAUAUCGAGUAGAGCGAAGAAUCUUAUGAGCAGGUAGAUACACAUAUAUUAAGCCUAUGUAACAAUUAGGGGUCCAAUUGUAAAGAUUAGAAGAUAAGAACCAAUUAUGUAGUUAGCCAAUACGGUGUGUUGUGUGUAAAGCAAGAGAUUGCCCAACUGGCAUGAGAGGAGCAGAUAAGUAUGAACUAUCUGUUGAGUAUGUUAGUCAUUAAUGAAAAAGCUAACAACUUUUCCCUCCUAUCGUCUCUCUUCUCUCUCUCUCUCUCUCUCUCUCUCUCUUACUUUACCUUCUCUAUCUUCUCUGCUUCUGUUCCAUUCAUUCUCGCUGAGUAUUAGGUCGAGUGCUGAUAAAGUGGUAUCAGAGCGAUAUUCAGCAUGACGACGGUGACGCGUUUGACGACUUUGGAAGAGCAAUUGGCCGCAGUCGAUGACAGGAUGCAAUGCAUGAUGGCCGCCUAGACGCCUUUGACCUACACUUGACUGUGCUUCGUGACCGGAGCAAUAGGUUGAUGACGCGGGCGAAUGGACAUUCGCAGCAGCUCUCGCAUAUUCUGAAUCAAUCCCAUUCAAUGAAGUCUUGAUUGGGCUGUUUGGACGAGUAAAUUGGUAAUCUCAAUAGCCAAUUUGGCCAUAUGAAUGGUCAAUUUACGGAGCUUCUCCGCGAGCUUCGUGGCCACCAUCGCGUUGAGGACGGGUUGCAGGUCGCCGAACGGCAUCUCCAUCGUGGUAUCUUGCAGCUUCCACCCGGGCGAGUUGGAGUUGAUGUGCCGGAGGACAAUCGAACACCGCGGGGCGUUUUCUUUCCUGAGAUUCGUGAAGAGGAGGUUGAUUUUCCACCGCCUCAUCGAGGUAAUUUCCAUUAUCAACAAAAUCGCUUGGAUUUUCCCUUUUUCUCGAGUGAGAAUAUGCGGGAAUAGGCACGCAAAUGCGAGAAGUUGUUUCACCUGUAUAACAUUGAGUAGUCUUAGAAAGUUGAAGUAGCGGCGGUGUAUAUGGAUCGCCGAGCCGAUAUAUGGUUCAAUGGCUGGUGUGUGGGGCGCCGGGAGAAGCAUUGGGGCAUCUUCGUUGACGGUCUCUGUGAGUGGUUUGGAGAUUGCACUCUUAAGGGUAUCAUUGGGGAGUUUAACAAACUCGGUCAAUGGGGGACAUUGCUUGGCUAUCAGGAGAAGUUCGAUGAGCUCCGUUCCCUUAUGCUCGCGUACAAUCUGACCUUGACGGAGGAGCACUUUAUUUCCAGUUUCAUCAGUGGAUUGGAAGAGGAAUUGCGAACCGUGGUGACGAUGAUGCGACCACAAUCUCUCAAUCAAGCCUUCCAAUUUGCUCGGCUGGAGGAGUUCUCCAAUGAGGCUCGCCGGAAGAAGAUGAGGCAACAGUCAAGGCCUUUUCCCAACAGUUCGCGAGGUUCUGGGGGGUUCAGUGUGACAGCUCGACAACCUGAAACUCUGAAACCAUCCUCUAAACCCUACUCGGCUCCUGCUGCUACCAGAACUGGGAUGGCUAACUGUGCCUGCUACAAGUGUGGUGAGAAGUACUUCUAUGGACACGUUUGUAAGGCUGCUAAGAAACAACUUAAUGCAUUACAGGCUGAGGAUGAGGAUGUCAUACCUCCUGAACCUUGGAGUGAUGAGGAAGAUGAUCUAGAAGAGGUGGCUGCCCAGUUGCCAGAACUAGAAGAGGUUACUAUGCAAGCUCUCGGUAGUGGGGGAGUGACCAAUUCCCUUAUUGUGCAGGGCAAGGUAAGAAAGCAAAAAUUGAUGAUUCUGGUGGAUACAGGAAGUCAGGAAGCACACAUACCUUCCCCAAUAAGGCGAGAGUAGAGGAAUUGAAGUGUGUAGUGGAAGCAGAUACUCCAUUGCGAGUAAAAUUGGCUGAUGGUACAUUUUUGUGGAGCAGUUCAGUGUGCAAUUCAUUCACCUGGGUAAUGUAAGGGCAUCAGUUUUGCUAUGAUGCCAGGGUAUUGAAUUUGGGCAGCCAUGACAUGGAGGUGAUCGAUCAUUUCUCAAAGUUUGGCCAUUUUUUUUGGCCUAAGUAGACCAUUUUCAGAAACAACAGUGGCAAAAGUCUUUUUGGAUGGGGCCUUUAGACUCCAUGGGAUGCCCGGGACUAUAGUUUCAGAUCGAGAUGCACUCUUCACAAGCAACUUCUGAACCUCGCUGUUUGCACUCCAAGGCAUCAAGUUGCACUACUCAACUGCAUAUCAUCCUCAUAUGAAUGGCCAAACUGAAAGGUUGAACCGGUGCUUGGAGAACUAUAUCAGUUGUAUGGUAUUGAAUGGCUCUAAAUCCUGGUUCUCUUGGUUGUCAAUGGCUGAAUGGUGGUAUAAAACCAAUUUUCACACUAGUUUACAGGUCACUCCCUUCGAAGCAUUGUAUGGUUACCUUCCAUCCCAUUUUGCAGUUCAGAACCCUCUAUCUACACCAAUUGCAGCAAUAGUAGAGAAGUUGAGGAAGCAACAACGAUUGGUUGGUCUCCUCAGGCAUAACUUGGCCAUGGCUCAGAACCGCCAGAAGCAUAUGGAGGAUAGAUAUAGGACUGAGAGGGUAUUUCAAGUAGGAGACUGGGUUUAAUUGAAGCUUUGCCCUUAACGACAGCAUUUCAUGUCUCCUUUUUGAAGCAAGCGCGUGGGACUAGACUUUAAGUUCAACCUGCACUUCUUGACAUGGAUGAGAUGGGGACCCUUAAGCUGGAACUAGAGGCAAUAUAGGCUAGAAGGAUGGUUCCAUGCGGAAUCAACCGACGACACAACUGCUUGUGCAGUGGACACACCAUUCAAAAGAAGAUGCCACUUGGGAAUACCUUGAUGAGUUCAAAGCGAGAGAUUGCUAGCUGGCAUGAGAGUAGUGGAUACGUAUGAACUAUCCGUUGAGUCUGUCAGUCAUUAAUGAAAAAGCUAACAACUUUUCGCUACUAUCUUUUCUCUUUCUCUCUUACUUUCUGACUCGCCUUUACCGUCACACUAGAAAAUGGUCAAAUGCAACCACCUACUAGUGCGUAGUAUAGCGGGUUUGGGUUUUAAUGUCAAUCCAGGUCCUAAGUGUGAUGACUACUCCAUGAAUUCUUAUUAUUUAGCAGUGAAAGUGUAGUGAAGGUCUAAGUAAACAAACAAGCAAAGUAGUAAAAGGGUGUUUUCAAGUUGAGAGCGAUCACCCGGAUAUGGUUACCCCUAGACUGCAGUUAAGCCAGAUUGUAAUUUACGAAGUUCGAAUUCAAAGAUAGUUAUACUGCGGGAGGUUCUUAAACAGUCUGCAGUCUCAAAUAAAGGUCUCCAGACCCUCUCAAUCUGAGUCCCCAAGGGGCGACUAACCUCCACCGGAGUAAACAGAUUGAGGCCCUAACGAAUCAAACCUCCUCUACCGAAGUAAAUCCUGUACAGAAUGGUGAAUUUACUCCUCGACUAAAGUCGUCAAUUCACUACAUUCAAUCAAGGGUGCUCUAUUAACCUAGACAUAUAUUCUCUUUCUAGGUCAAAGCAGACUCUAGCUCAGAAGAAGAAAACAUGCUGUGAAGAAUGAGGUUCUGCUUCUGGUCAUCAAUCGGCACUUCUCCAAGCGUUAUCCAGGCUCCAAUAAUGACGAAGAUCGAUC